AAUACAUUCAAAUUAUAUAUAUAUAGGACACGCCGUCAAGCAAGCUAUUGAGAUUUCUCUUUGAAAACAUUUAAUUUUGUGCUUAUUUUCAUUGCAUUUUUGUUAAUACUGUGCGCAUUAAAAAGUGAAUAAUUAUGGCUGAUAACAUUUACUAUUCGAGCAAAUAUUACGACGAUACGUAUGAGUACAGACAUGUUGCGUUACCAAAAGAACUAGUGAAACUGGUGCCAAGGGGUCAAUUAUUAAGUGAAAAAGAAUGGAGAAACAUUGGGGUACAACAAAGUCAGGGUUGGGUACAUUACAUGACUCAUGAUCCAGAACCUCAUAUUCUUCUAUUCAAAAGGAAAAUUACAUCUCCGCCACCUGAAAAAUAAUAUGUAACAGAAGGAUGAUUUUCUCUCACCAAGUGACGUUUUAAGUUAAGAUAUUAAUCUUAGAAGAACUCAGCUAAAGCAUACGGUAAUGUACAAUAUAUUAUUUUUAUUUCUUCUAUCGACUAUUAUACCACUUUCACAAAAAAAAAAAAGAAAGAAACCACUAAACAAUGAAAUUGAUAAAAUGAAUUUAAGAAAAAUUUGAAUUUUUUAUCUAAAUAAACAAUAUUGUUUAGAUUCUAAUAAAGUGGAAAAUUAAAAAAAAAUGUGUUCCUAAAAAAUAACAAUUUGUUAGCUGAGUUCUUUUAACGUCUUAUUUCGACAUGUCAUUUAUAACAUGUGAAUUGAGAGUCUGUAAAUAUGUUAAUAGAUAAUUUUUUUUUUUUUUUUUUUUGGAUUGUAAUAGCAUUCGAAAGGGAUAAUUAUGAAAAAAAUUUAUGUAGGAAAAAUAUUAAGACAGACGAAAACUUACGAUACUUGUGUCAGACCUUCAAGGUUUCAGUAUUAAACGAUGAUUAUUUUUUCUUGCGUCUUCGCUAUAUAUAUAUAUAUAUGAUAUAAAGUCUGUUAUAUUUUUUUGUCAAGUCGUGUAAAACAUAUGAUCGAUUGCAAUUUGUCUAUUAAUUGCACUCGACACAAGACUUUUAAGCUUAGUUCGAAGAUUUAUAAAUGAUUAAAAAAGAAAAAAGAAAAAAUACGGAAAAUCUAUUUAAUACUAUCAUUGAAAAUAAAAAAAAAAAAAUUAAGUUUCACUAGGUCUGCGUCUAUACUUUUUUUCUCAAUUCUUAUAAAUACGUCAAAUUAGUUUCGCUAACAUAUGAGACUCUUCAUAAAAAAGAAAAGGAAAAAAAAAAAGUAAAUUAUUUUCUAAGCAUCGAAUAUAAAUAUUAUACACACAGUAAAUCAGAUUUCAUCUCAUCAAAUAGAAAUGAUUUCUGUUUUGUUCUAUUUAAAAAUGAUGAUAUGUAUUUUUAAAAGCAUCGUAAAAUAAAUAUGUUCGUUUUUUAUAA